CAAAGCGGGUGUAGACAAACAUGACAAGGACUGGUUAGAGAUCCUUAGGCAGAAAAGACUCCGCGCUUCUACUAGACCUCCCCCCUUGGACUCUCGUCAUAUUUGUGAUUGCUGUAGCAGAAGAUGCCGCUCUGGUAUUGGACUCUUCCGUCAUCGCAGACGUUGCAAUCAACCUCCCCGCAACACCUGAUUUUACCCAACGCUGCAACAAUCAUCUGCUAUAGAUGUUGUGGCCAAUAUAUAUAUAUACAUCGAUUUUAAUGGCGGCGACCUCGGCUAUCAAUUUGUUUCCUCUCAUGAGCUCUUAUGUGGCUGACCAGGCUAACGUACAACCACUUGAACUAGGUUUAUUUAUACCAACUAAACAAUAAUAUCAGGGGCUAUCAUGCAAAAUUUGAGGGGUGUUCAUACACGUACCAUAAUUUUACCCAGUUACAUUUUGAACGUUUGUAUGGGGUAUCAUAUUUUUUUCUCGACCUUCCAUUGUGUCUUUUUUUGCAAAUCUGUAUCAUAAAUUAAAUUUGAUGUUGGCAAUUAGCAUCACUACUUAAUAUCGAUAUCCGCGAUUCAUCGUCAAAUGCGCCUCACUAUCGAAGUGACGUUCACGUUCACGCAUGCGUGCUGUGAUGUGAUGGCCGACGACGCCAAAAUUUUCUAAAAUUAAAUAUCAUUGGCGGCUUGACUACCGAUCGCGUACUUGAGUUACUUGAGUAUUGCUUUUUGUGCAUAAUAUUGAACUGUUGGUGUAGUUUUAGUGUCGAAAAUGUUGGGGUCUGGCGACGGCGGCAACAUUGUUAAACUGAGAGGCUUGCCUUUCUCCACGACCGUUGAAGAUGUCCUCGACUUUCUCAGCGGCGUCAACGUACUGAACGGAAAGGAUGGUGUCCAUCUUACUGAAGUGCGGCCUGGCAGGCCCUCGGGAGAGUGCUUUGUGGAAGUCGAGACUCCAGAAGAUGUUGAUGAAGCUCUGAAAAAGGAUAAAGAGAAUAUGGGGAAGAGAUACAUUGAAGUCUUCUCCACCGACCGCCAGGACAUGGAAUGGGCUCUAAACGCCAUGCGUCAAAGCGAAAACGGCUUUGGCAGUCUCCCCCACGUGACUGACGAUAUGGGCAUUGUGAAGCUCCGAGGCCUGCCAUUUGGCUGCUCCAAGGAAGAAAUAGUCCAGUUCUUCGAUGGGUUGAACGUCGCUACUGACGGGGUGCAUUUGCUUUCGGACGCCACGGGUCGAGCCUCCGGAGAGGCCUUCGUACACUUCUCAGACAAGGAGAGCGCGGAUCAGGCGCUAUCGAGGGACAGGGAGAAAAUAGGACACAGAUACAUAGAGGUGUUCUUGAGCUCGGCCGACGAGGUGCGCGCGUACGGCGCGCGCAUGGAGGGCGGCGGCUUCCGGUCCUCGCGCGGGUACCGCGCCGCGCCCUACGACCGCAACGAGCGCUUCGGCGGCCGGCCCGCGCGCGGCCGCGGCGGCUUCAACAGAGGCGACAACUUUUCCGGCGGCUUCGGCGGGCGCGGCGGGUUCCGGCGCGGCGGCGGCGGCGGCGGCGGCGGCGGCGGGCACUGCGUGCACAUGAGAGGGCUGCCCUUCAAGGCGUCGCCACAGGAUGUCGCUUACUUCUUCAAACCGAUCCGGCCGAUGAACAUCAACAUACUGUACGACAACAGCGGGCGGCCUUCGGGAGAGGCUGAUGUCGAAUUCGAGUGCCACGAGGACGCCAUGCGGGCUAUGCGUCGCGAUAAAAACAACAUGGAUCAUCGCUACAUCGAACUGUUCCUAAAGUCAGCACCCGGUGGCGGCGGCGGUGGCGGCUUUAAGGCUAACCGCAACUUCAGAAAUUGAACCCUAUUGCCACCCGCUACGGUCUAUAUUGCCAAAUACGCCAACAAACAAACGUAAAAGGACCACCGGCAAACGCAACUUUAGAAAUUGAACUCUAUUGCCACUCACUAUGGUCUAUAUUGCGACAUACGCAAACGGGUAAACGUAAAUAGACCACCGGCAAACGUAACUAGAAAUUGAACGCUAUUGCCACCCACCCACGUUAAAGACCGUAACUUAAACGGUCUUUAUUGCCAUACGCAUACGGUCUUUAUUGGCAUACGCGCUACAAACAAACUUAAAAAGAUCACCGGCAAACGUAACUUUAGAAAUUGAACUCUAUUGCCACCCAUUACGGUCAAUAUUGCGACAUACGCCAACAGGCAAACGUUAAAAGACCACUAGUAAGUGUAACUUUAGAAAUUGAACUCUAUUGCCACCCGUUACAGUCUAUGUUGCGAUAUACAAUACACCGGAAGACAUAGAGUCACUGACUUUAAUUGUUAAGCCGUUUAGGGCUUGGAGGUGUAUUGUCAAAGAAAACUUUGUAGCCACAGUACAUUUACUGCCAUCUUCCGACACAUGAUUAAAACUUGAACGCUAUUUGACUUUGAUCCUUAUUCUUUCAUAGAUAUGUGUGAAAUUUGUUAAAUAUCCAAAAGUGACGCCAUCUUACCGGGCACAACUUAAAGGUUAUGGCGCCAUCGCACGAAACAAUGCCGCCAUACCUUUGGCCUUAUCUAUCGGACGGCGCCACUUUUUGAUAUUUAACAAAUUUAACACAUAUCGGUGAAAGAAUAAGGAUCAAAGUCAAAUGGCGUUCUAAAAGUUUUAAUCAUGUGUCGAAAGAUGGCAGUAUAUUUACUGUGGCUACAAAAUUCUCUUUGCUUGAACCGAAAAUGGGUCAACAAUUAGUCUGUAACCAUAGAAGAGUCACUGCUGCACCAAAUCCCUGACGGCUCCAAGGCCAAAUGUUACUUCAGAAAUUGAAUCUACGCGCUAAAGACUAUAUUUCAAUACUAACUGCUACUUUUUGAAUUAUAUUACUACGCAACACGGUCUAUAAUCCUAUAUAGCCGCCAUCGACAAGGCAACGUCGCAACAAGAAAUAUUCCUGAAGUUAUCUUGCGGAAUUGAACCCUACUUCUCCUCCCCCUAUCUUUUGCCAUAUAUUACGGUCUAUAGUGCCGUUCUACGGUCACAUCUGAAAAUAUAGAUACGAAAAAAGUGCCAAAUACACGACUUUAUUGCCCAUAUAUUAUGGUAGUGUAUACAUAUUUUUGGCACAUUUUUCGUGUCGAUAUUUUGCCACGAUACCGCGGUGUUAAGCCCUCCAAAACCUUCUAAAGAUAUAAAGCUGACGAGUUUUAUAUAUGAUUUAAAGAUCAAUUCUAAUUUAUAUAAUUAAAUAGUUACAGUACAUAUGUAUUUUUUGUGAUGUAUUUGUAAAAAAAAACUUCGCGGUCGCAGUAGACGUGACCCAGAUGAACACUUAAAAUUAAUGAAAACGGGUCACUAGUAAUUUACAUACAAAUGACCCAGUUUUAAUGACUAUUGAGUGCAACCUUUAAAGACAUUAAAUUUAAGUUUAGACACGCCUGAGUUAUAAAUUUUUCAAGUUCCUUUAAGAUUACACUAUCAAACAGUUAAAACAACAAAGGGAACAGCAAAAAAUGAAGUUUGUUACAUUUUAGUUUUAGAAGGCAAUUUAGACUAAAAUACCUUCCAAAAUGAGCGAUAUUUUGUACCGGUUAAGGUACAGCGGUCUAAGCAUGGUCGCAUUUUUAUCGCCUAUAACCAUGCCUAUCACGUUCUAACAAAUGGGUAAGUGCGAAAGUGACAGGCAUAGUGACUGGUAAUAAAAAUGCAACCAUGCUGCCACCGCAGGUUUCUUAAGAUAUUUUAAGUUAGAUACUGAUUUCUUACUCAUUUUGUAUGUAAUUGCCACGAGUGGCACCUUCCACGGCAGAUGAACUGUCAAAAUAGCUGGGCCCGAUUUUAUAAAUCAAGUUGCAAUUUUUCAAGUCAUACUGGCAACAUCGGUUAAAAGGGCAAUGUUGACAAAUUGUGAUUUGUACAUUUAUAAAACGAGGCCCUGGUGUGAUGGAAUAUUCCAAUGAACUAUAAUAAGUAAUGUAAUAGCAAAGAUAAUUUUAAAUAGAGGUUGGUUGUGAGAGUAAACUUUGUAGCCACAGUAAAUUUACUGCCAUCUUUCGACACAUUAUUAGAACUUUUAGAAUGCCAUUUGACUUUGAUCCUUAUUCUUUCACUGAUAUGUGUUAAAUUUGUUAAAUAUCAAAAAAUGGCAUCUAAUAGAGCAUAGGCCAAAGGUUAUGGCGCUAUCUCUCGAAACGAUGCCGCCAUACAUUUGGCCUAUGAUAAAAAAUAAAGAUCAAAGUUGGCGUUAGCGUUCUAAAAGUUUUAAUGUUCGGAAGAUGGCAGUAAAUUUACUGUGGCUACAAAAUUUUAUUUUAGGCUACAAUCCACCUCUAUUUCAAAUUCUCUUUGGUAAUAGGUACGUUUUGUACGGAAAUUCUAUAAGAUUUGUACCCUUUUUUAUUGUUAUUGAACGUAGACCAAUGAAUACUAAAACGCUAUUGUAAAACCACCCAACUAUUAUAGUCCAGUACAAUUAUGGUCAUUAUUAUUAAGUAUCAAUACAUCUUCAUGUGAGUUGUCCGAGUUUUUUCUUCUAUUUAUGAAAUUAUUUGUGACGUUCCUCGAGUAAAGGUACCUUAUGGCGGUCGUCGCUUACACCGUUAGUAACGACGCUGCAACGUGCGUAAUAAUGCGGAGCUACGUGACGUAAGCGCCAACCGCCAUAAGGUACCUUUUGGAACGUCACAUUUUCCCUAUAAAUAUAAGGCAUACAAUAUCCAGCUCAUUUCGUCGCAGUCUGAUAAGAUAAAUAAGACAAAACUUCGUGUAACUUCGUACCGGCGGCGACACGAGCGCGCUCGAUGAAUUAUUCUAAGCGAUUAAUAGCUUUUGGACUUGGAUGAUGGUUCUAAGGUAAUAUUUAACACUCGUCUAGUAUCUCUUUAUGUACUUGACUGUUCAGUAAAUGUAAUCUGAAGACUAGGUUUGUAUGAUUUAUAGUUUUAAAGUAUUUGGUCGAAAUUUCAUCACACCCGAUUUAAGUAUUUUAUGUCAUCUAGCUUUAAUCCUAAUUUUAUAAUACAUACGAUUUAUAAAUAA